AUGAAGUUUGAGAGCCGUUCCAGGGAUGGAUGUGUAGGGUGGAAAUUAGCAGAGAAAUGGAGGCAGCUGCGUACGGAUAUCUCCGAGGAGGAGAGAGACACCCUUGUUGUUUCUCUUGUUAUUAGUUGCCCCGAUGGCGCACGGCUGAGCAGAACCCCUGAAAUUGGGGGGGGGCAGGCUCGCGAGGCGGCCGAGGCCGACCGCGCACUCGAGGACGACGACGACCCGUCGCACGAGCAGACGGACCUGGAGACGGACCAGAACAUUGCAAACUUCUUCAGGCACUACUUUGGCGACAUCGACCCUCCGCCGUCGGACCCGGUCAUCCCGGACCCGGCCAAGCCGCUGCCGUCGCUACCGCUUGUGCCGCCGCCGGUUUGGCAUGUGCCGCCGCCUCCUGGGGCUGGUGGGGUUAGCGGUGCUGGGGGCGCGGGUGGUGGUGCCGGCGCUGGUGGUAAUGCGCCAUAG